AUGACAAUUCUCGGAGUAGCUGUUGUGGGCUUGAUCGCAGCAGUAUUCUGCUCGAUUCCCACUGCUGCAAAAUGUACCUAUCCGGAUCUCCUCACUGCCACAGCCGCAGAGCUUCAGCAUGGACUUCACGCGGGCUGUUUUACGAGCGUGGAUCUUGUUGACGCAUACAUCAGAAGAACUGCAGAAGUCAAUUCAACCGUUCGAGCGGUUGUUGAACUGAAUACGGAGGCGUACGAGAUUGCUAAAGAACUGGAUGAAGAGCGGAGGAAGGGAACUAUCAGAGGACCGCUUCAUGGCCUCCCGAUUCUUAUCAAAGAGAAUAUCGGCACAGAUGAUGAUCUUCAAACAAACGCUGGCUCGUAUGCCCUAAUGGAUGCGAAACCUAUCUCAGACUCGACCAUCGCAGCCAGACUGCGCAAAGCAGGCAUGAUCAUCCUGGGCAAGACCAAUCUCUCCCAGUGGGCCAAUUUCCGCUCCACUAACUCGUCCAACGGCUGGAGUGCAUGGGGCGGACAGGUUAUCGCGGCCCAUGUCCCCAACCAGGAUCCUAGCGGGUCUUCCAGUGGGAGCGGUGUUGCCUCCGAUCUGGGUCUUGCAUAUGCCUGUUUGGGCACUGAGCAUAUCCAGACUUCCGGGAGUAUCACCAGCCCUAGUGAAAAGAGCGGUCUUGUGGGCAUCAAACCAACCGUCGGACUCACCUCUCGCUACCUGGUCAUCCCCAUCAGCGAGCGCCAGGAUACCGUUGGCCCCAUGGCCCGCACCGUUCAAGACGCGGCCCUAGUCCUCAGUGCCAUCGCUGGCCAGGACCCGCACGACAACUAUACCCUAGCCAGCCCCUACAGACAGCACGUCCCAGACUACGCGCAGUACUGCAAAGAAGAUGGCCUGAAGGGCAAGCGCAUCGGUAUCCCGCGCAACGUGCUCGCCAUAAACAACGGCCCCGCGAUGGCGCCCUACUACGCCGCAUUCGAGGCUAGCAUCAAAGUCCUCAAGGAACUCGGUGCCAUCAUCGUCGAAGACACUAGUUUCACCGCGUACGAAAACUUCCAGAAGAGUAGUGCCAGCGAAACCGUCCUGGAAGCGGACUUCAUCAGUAACCUGGCGACCUAUCUCUCCGAGCUGAAAACAAACCCUCAAAACGUGCACAGCCUUGCAGACGUACGUUCCUUCACGCACGGGUUUCCUCUCGAGAAAUGGCCGGCCCGGAACACGGGGACAUGGGACCACGCCCUUGAAGCGGGCAUCAACAACACAUCGCCUGACUUCUGGCCGCUGUACGAACAAAACUUGUACUUUGGCGGAGAAGGUGGUGUCUACGGUGCUAUCGAGAGAGGAAACCUCGAUGCGGUGAUUCUGCCAACGAACCUGGGAUACCCCGUUUCAGCUGUGGUGGGCGGACCGGUCGUUACUGUGCCGAUGGGUGCAUAUCCCGCAGGAACGCACGUGCAGCUCUCUCCUCCGUGGAAUUUGACCUCUGUGGCUCCUGGUGUUCCCAUGGGUCUGGCGUUCAUGGGGCUGAAGUGGAGUGAGCCGACGCUGAUUGAGAUGGCUUAUGCAUUUGAGCAGAAGACCCAGAUUCGGGAGACCUUGCACCAUUACAUUGUGCCCAAAGCGCAGUUGGAACAUCGCGACGGAGGGAUACACAAGCAUGAGAAGCAUGAACACUAG